AAAAAGGAAAAAACCCUACUUCCUUGUACCGACUCGCAACUCAAACAGACGCUCCUUGUCGCUGCACUCAUCAGCUGUGACAGACUCGUUCACCUGAGCGAAAAGACGCAUUUAACAGAACAUUUGUGGAUUUUAAAGACCAGCGCGCAGGAUCACAGACUGGUGCAACAAAUUUUUUCCACACAGGUGGAACAUGAUCAGUCAGCAGAGAGCGAGAAGAGAUGAACGCUGAAGUAACUCUCUACCCUUCUGUACACCCAUGGACUAAACGCUCCAACACUACCUCUCUGAACCCCACAGGCUCUCACACUUCUGCAUGGAUCUUCCCUUCAGUCCCCCGGGCUCCAAACUCCUGCGUUGCUUCCUUUGAGAAAAUGUAUCCCAGCGAACCCAACCUCUCCCCAGACCCCCAGCACCUGGAGGCCCCGCUGGACUUCUUCCACAAGCUCGGGUACUCCACGGCUCAGGUUCAGGCAGUUCAGCAGAAGUUUGGCCCAAACAUGGACACAGAUAAAGUUCUGGGGGAGCUUGUUAGGAUCGGGGCUAGUCGGGAGGCCAAUCAGGGGCCGGUGACCACGAUGUCGGUGUUGGUGCCCCGAGGGGACAACCAGGCUGGGGGCCCAACCCUGCUGCUGCCUUUUAGUGUAUUGUCUCCGCAGAACAGGGAGGAAAGUGGCGAGGAUGAAGAUGUUCUAAGACCCAUUGUUAUAGAUGGGAGCAAUGUGGCCAUGAGCCAUGGGAACAAGGAAGUUUUCUCUUGUCUUGGAAUCCAGUUGGCUGUCAACUUCUUCCUGGAAAGAGGCCACACUGAAAUCACCGUGUUUGUUCCCUUGUGGCGGAAGGAGCAGCCCAGGCCAGAUGUUCCAAUCACAGAUCAGCACAUUCUGCGGGACCUGGAGAGGAAAAAGAUUCUUGUGUUCACACCGUCGCGACGUGUUGCAGGCAAACGUGUGGUCUGUAAUGACGACUGCUUCAUUGUCAAGCUGGCCUAUGAGUCUGACGGCAUAGUCGUGUCCAACGACAUGUACCGGGACCUUCAGGGGGAGAAGCCGGAGUGGAAGCGCUUCAUCGAGGAGAGGCUGCUCAUGUACUCCUUUGUAAAUAACAAGUUUAUGCCUCCUGAUGAUCCUCUGGGCCGCUAUGGACCGACCCUGGAGAACUUCCUGCGGAGGUUUCCAAAGACCCAGAAAAAACAUCCAUGCCCUUAUGGAAAAAAAUGUACUUAUGGAAUCAAAUGUAAAUUCCACCAUCCUGAGCGAGCCAAACAGUCCAACCGCUCGGUUGCCGAUGAGCUCCGGGAGAACGCUAAGCACCCUAUGGCUCAGAAACAGUCUUCAGCUCGCUCUAGUCCUGUGCCUGGACAGAGCCUCUCGUUGGUGGAGGAUAUGGCGAAGAAACUAACUCUGCAACAUGAGAGUGGCUCCUCAAAGAAAGAUCAGAAAAAUGAACAUGUAGCUCAGGUGAAGGUGAGUCACCGCUCCAGCAAGAGGGCCACAACCAGAAAGGAGAAGACCAGCCAACACUCGUCUUCUGACCACAGCUCAGUGAAGCAUUGUGGCUCUCACGAGCAGCUGGACUCUGGUUUAGGCUCCAUUGACAGUCAGCCAAUGGAGACUCAUUGGAGUGAUCACCACUAUAGGAAGAAAUACGGGAGCUCUGAGCACACCCACAGUGUAAGACAACAGUACAGCCCUCCUGGAAGCGCACCAUGCAGCUGCUGCUCACAUGGCCCUUCCUCCAGGGGGACCACGCCAGUUUUCCAUCACCACAACCAGCAUUACAGCCUUGGGCCUGUCAGCAGCCACAGCUCUGAUAUGACUCCCUACAGCCCGCCUCAUCAUGCAAGCUACUGCGCCUACCCAGUCAGCAUUCCGGCGUACAGUCAGCCGACAGAUUUUCUGCACAGCGGAGUCCACAGCCGCCAACAGCAGCAGCAGUACUGGUCCGAACCAUUCGGGGCUCAUCCUCCGGCAGUCCGCAGCCUGCCAGGGGACCACUCGCACUGGGAGCCUCCUCAGAGUACACAACCGAGUCCCGGCGGGGGGGGGGAGAGAGAGGUUGUCCGGAAGAAGCUCCUUGCUAUCUUCAGUGCCCACUUGGUGGACACGGCCAUGGACAUGUUUCCCCAGCAGAUGGAUCCACAGAAGCUAGUUGCCGAGAUCCUCAUGCUGCAGAGUCAGAACAGGUCGCUGAGAUGAGUCCAGUGCCAUUCUGAACCCACGUCUUUCAGUAGAAAGACUAAAAGGAUAAACAUGAGUUUGUGUAUUUUUGUAUUGUGGUAUCCACCUUGCUAAAAAAUAUUUGAAUGCUUUGGAACUAUGUUACGUUGUAAGUUGCCUCAGUGAGCUGGAUAAAAUAAGUGCCAGUAUUCAGUUGAUACAAAUUGUAUCUUUAUUUAAAUGUAAUGUAAAAGGACAAAGAUUUAAAUGCCACAUAAUAGGAUGUAACUCAUAAAGAGCGUUCAUUGUCUACUUCAUUAGGGAAACUUUUAUGCAAUCUAGUACAACCAUAAAAUCUACUUUUAUUAUCCCUACUGACGCUGCCAGAGAAUGAAUGUUAAUGAUAGUGUUUUGUUUUUUUGUGGUGUGGGUGAGAUUUAUACUGAAUAUAAAAAUGUGUCAUAUUGGCACUGUGUGCUUUCACAGCCAACUAUUGUAGGGUUAGGCAUACCUAUCGUUCAAUAAAAGUGUCUUGAUGAAAUGAUAACAUUGAGUUAUUGUGGGGCACAACUUCUAAAGGCACACUAAAUAAUAAUUAAUCUCUCAAAAAAUGAGAUUUGAAACUUUAAACUGGCUUUAUAAUGCUUUGUAUUGUAUUAUUUAUUGUGUUUUUGCAUUUGUUCUUGUGAUACUUUGUCCAUAUUGAGACGAGAAUACAAGAAAUUGUAAUAUUUUGUAACUGUUCAUCUUUUUCGGGAUCAGACCCAAGAUGACAACAUAACUGUCAGUAGAGACAGUUAAACAAAAGUGUUUGUCAGUGUUUAAUUUAUAGUGACAUUUAUACUAUUACAUAAGUCCGAGCAUGACAAACCUUAAUGUUUUUAUUUCAAUGAGGAGUAAAAAUUGUGAUUAUCUCUGUUGCAAAAUAAAAAUGAACAUGAUAUGGUGA